CUUUUGUUCGCUGUAAAGAUUCUUUCCCCAGUUUUUGCAAUCACCUCAACCCAUUUGCUGUGAUUUCCGGUUGCUUGCUUCAUUCAUUGGCACAGCAUCCAAACUCUUCCUCGUCUCUCUCUCUCUCUCUCUCUCGCAGUACUGCGUGUUCUGAGAUCAUUACCAGAGGUGGGUCAGUGUUCCAUCUAUUCUUUACCUGUAUCUGUGUCAGCUUAUGAGUUCUGACACCUCGGUGUAUCACCAAGAAGCAUGGCGCCAAUUUUUUCUCUCACCUUUAUUGAUUUUUGCAGAUUCAUCUCUUCUCAGCCCUCUUCUUCUUUUUCUUCUUCUGAAGAGCACCUCUAUUAGAAGCUGGUCCUCUGCCCCUUGGAUUUUGCUUAGCGAUCAAUCAACGCUUCCUCUGUCUUGGAAUCCACAAUUUGUAGUUUUUCCCAUCUGGGUUUUGCCUAAGAUUGCUGCUUCAUAUCCGUAUUUUUUGUCGAAUGCCGGAAAUUUGCUGAAGGGUGUCCUGUUUGAUUCUCAAAUUUCCACACCCUGAGUGCCAAAAGCUCGAACCUUUUAGUCUGAUUCCUGAACGAUUUGCUCUUUUCCUGUUUCUUGUUGUACCAAUGAUUUAACCUUUUAUUGAGAACAUAUCUCAGCUGGGUUUAAAGCGUAAUCCCUUUAUCUCCCUCUGCACAAACUGUCAAAUAUUGUAUUUUUUUCGGAUCUGAGCAUUGUUGAAUUUCCUGAUUUUUUUAUUCUCCUCCAUCAAUCACAAUCCGGGUACUCAACCUACCGAUUGAUGCCUCCUCUCUCUUCUCAGUCGAGUAAUGCAUAUUGAAGGUCUCAAGGAUGGCCGCUCUUGUUCCUGGCGUUCUUCUGAAGCUUCUGCAGCACAUGAACACAGAUGUAAAGAUUGCUGGUGAGUAUCGGUCGUCUCUAUUGCAAGUUGUGAGUAUAGUUCCUGCACUAGCAGGUGGUGAUCUUUUCCCAAAUCAGGGGUUUUACCUUAAGGUAUCAGAUUCUUCUCACGCCACUUAUGUCUCUCUACCUGAUGAGCAUGAUGAUCUCAUUCUUAGUGAUAAGAUUCAAUUGGGUCAGUUCAUACAUGUCGAGCGGGUCGAAGCAGCCUCCCCUGUCCCAAUUCUCCGCGGGGUGAGGCCCGUCCCGGGCCGACAUGCCUGUGUUGGAACCCCGGAGGAUCUUGUUGCCACACAUUCUCUUGGGUUCCUUGAAAAUUCUUCUUCAAGAUCAAAAACAGCGGAGAAUGCAAAAUCCACUUCAAGUUCAAAGGCAUUGAGCAAUAAUCUUGCUGGGGCAAAGAAGGAGAAAUCUGUUUCAGCAAAACUUAAUGGUAGUAGUUCUAAGGACGAACAACUGGAUAAGAAUCUGGCAUUGCUUGGUAGAUCAAAGUCUCAAUCGUCAAAACUGACUGUGAAUGUAGUAGAGAAGAAAGAAUCUUUAAUGAAAGCAAAGUCUUCGAGUACACGGUCAAUCCCUUCAUCUCCGACAAGUUGCUAUUCGUUGCCCACUUCUUUUGAAAAAUUUGCAAGUGGGAUCAAGCAGCAGGCAAAGAUCAAAGGAUUGGAUAAGACAACACCUAAAUUGGGAUUGCCUGCUGCUGUUCGUUCGGUGAGUCCGAGUUCUAAGAGGGUGCUGGUGGGCGCCUCAAUCAAAAAUUUGGUUCAGGGGAUUGAUUUUGGGGCUAAAGCUUUGAGAAAGAGCUGGGAAGGGAAUAUGGAGGUAAAGAAUAAAGGAACUUCAAAAUUGAGGGCUGAGAAGCAUGAGAAGCCGGAAGCUCGGAGUUUUUUAGUUCCUAGGAAAAAUCAAUCAACAAAUGACAGGUUGCCGCCUAAAGAGGAGAAUAAAGUUCAGUUACCUGCAAAGUCUUCCAAGGAGGAGAUUAAGGUUCAGAUGUCUUCAAAGAAAGUUACUGCAAAUGGAACAUUGGAUGAUCUCAGGAAGUCCAAUAAGCAAAGAACUUCUGCUGGAAAUAAAUUAUCAGGAGAGGUUGCUAAUAGUGGAUUCCCAGGAGACUUGGUCAAGAUUUUCCCCACUAACAGGAGAAUAACAGAUGGAAGUGUUUCAUGGGCUUCCCUCCCAUCUUCUCUUGCAAAGCUUGGAAAGGAAGUUUUGAAGCAUAGAGAUGCUGCACAAGCAGCUGCAAUAGAGGCAAUGCAAGAGGCUUCUGCUACAGAGAGUUUGCUUCGAUGUUUAAGCCUUUAUGCAGAUCUAUGUUCCUCUGCAAAGGAAGAUAAUCCACAGCCUGCAGUGGAGCAGUUCUUGACCCUUCAUGCCAGCUUGAAUAGUGCUCUCUUAACUGCCGAUUCUCUAUCUAAAACAGUUCCAGUUUAUUCAUCUCCAGAUCAUGAGGGAGGCCCUUCUGAAGAAGCACUAAAGGUCUCAUCAGAUAGACGAAAACAAGCUGCUUAUUGGGUCCAUGCUGCACUAGCCACGAGUCUGUCAUCCUUCACUGUAUUUGGCAAACAGCCUGUCUCAACUGCGGGCGCAGUUUCAACUCCAGCUCAAGGUCAAAAGAGCAUUCCUGGAAAAAAUCAACCCAUAUUAGUCCUUGAAAAUUCCACCAAGAAUGGAUCGACGAAAACCCAACCUAAAACACGGCAGACAGUUGUCUCUAAGCCCGUUGUGCCUGGUACUCCGCGGCGAGUAGGGGAUGGGCUCGCCAUGAGUCAGAAGUCACGAGCUCCACACCCAUUAGAGUGGAUUAGAGGAAGUGGUCUUGAUGAGGCAGUUGACUUGGCUGAAACUUUACUGAUGGAGUCUCAGGACUGGUUCUUGGGAUUUGUGGAGAGGUUCUUGGAUGCUGAUACCGAUGCAUCGGCUUUGUCGGAUAAUGGCCAAAUAGCAAGCAUGUUGACUCAGCUCAAGAGUGUUAAUGACUGGUUAGACAAGAUUGGAUCAAGCAAGGAUGAAGGAGAAACACCUCGCAUUUCAGCUGAAACAAUCGACAGGCUGAGGAAAAAGAUUUAUGAGUAUCUUCUUACACACGUUGAAUCUGCUGCUGCUGCACUUGGUGGAGGAUCACAAUCUUUACCAAUAAGUGAAGCAACAGAAGCAAAGGUGAGACGAUGACUUUGGCUAAUCUGCAUUCUGGAAUCCCAAGUUCCAGUUUAAGAAAUUUGGAUGUGCAGUACAGAAACAUGGUGUUGGCCACUUAACUGCCAAGUGGUUACAGUGAGCUGGCUCUUCUAAUUUAUGUACAUAUAUCCUAAAUGGGUCUGACUGAUCUGAGGUAUAGGUUGUCAUUAUUGAUUAAUGAUUAUGAAGAAAAGCGUUCGAUGGUUGGAUACCAGGAAAACGAAAAAGAGAGAAGCAUCUGAUUUGAAGGUGAAUGAUGUCUUUUUAAUUUUUUUUUUUCCUCUUGGAAUUUGUUUAUUGAAACUACACAAAUUAAAGCAGUUCUGAAAAGGGAAGAUUGUCGUUUUCUUCUUUUCUCAUAGUGAUUUGGUUUCUAUCCAUCA